AUGAAACAACGAUUUUCCUCUUUAGAUGUUACUGUCAUCGCACAUGAACUCUCAAAAAGUCUAUGUUCCUUACGAGUUCAGAACAUCUACGACUUAUCAUCUCGUAUCUUUCUGAUCAAGUUUCAGAAGCCCGGCCAGCGAGAACAGCUAAUUAUCGAGUCGGGCUUCCGCUGCCAUCUGACCCAAUAUGCGCGCACGACUGCGACCGAACCUUCCCCGUUCACGGAACGCCUACGAAAGAUACUUAGAACCAGAAGAGUGACCUCAGUAGCUCAAGUUGGCACGGACCGAGUCAUAGAGUUCCAAUUUUCGGAUGGGAUAUUUCGAUUGUACUUGGAAUUUUACGCAGCAGGUAACAUAAUAUUGACCGAUGCGGACUUGAAGAUACUGGCACUGUGGCGAUCUGUCAGUGAAGGCGAGGAACAUGAGCAGCUGCGCGCCGGACUCAAAUAUGACAUAUCCAUGCGACAAAAUUAUGGCGGCGUGCCACCACUAACGAAGGAACGAAUCAAGGCUGGGUUACAAAAGGCAAUCCAGCGACAGGAGAAGGAUGCUGCCUCGGGCAAGAAAUCAAAAGCCAAAGAAAAGGAUGCGCUAAGAAAAGCUUUAUCAACCUCUAUCGCGGAGUUUCCGCCGCUACUCAUGGACCAUGCUUUCACGGUUACAGGCUUCGAUUCGACCAUAAAGCCGAAUCAUAUUCUUGACGACGAUGAUGCGCUAGAUAAGCUGAUGUUGGCGUUUGGAGAAGCUAGAAAAACGAUAAAUGACAUCACUAGCGCAGACAGCGCAAAAGGCUUUAUACUCGCCAAACGAACCUCAACGCACCAGGGGGAGAACGAUACUGGUGGAUCUUCUAGCAGUAUACUGUAUGAUGACUUCCACCCCUUCAGGCCUAAGCAGUUUGAGGACAACACUGAAACCGAAUUCCUCGAGUUUGAGGGUUUCAACAAGACCGUUGAUGAGUUCUUCUCGUCUAUCGAAGGCCAAAAGCUCGAAACACGGCUACAAGAACGCGAAGCGACAGCCAAAAGAAAACUAGAACUAGCGCGAGAAGACCAUGCAAAACGUCUAGGUGGACUACAAGAUGCUCAACAGCUCCACAUACGCAAAGCAGACGCAAUAAAAGCCAAUGUCGAACGUGUACACGAAGCCAUGGGCGCAGUAAAUGGUCUUAUUGAAAAAGGUAUGGAUUGGGUCGAGAUAGCUCGUUUGAUCGAGCGAGAGCAGGCCCAGGGGAACACAGUGGCUCAUAUGAUCAAGCUUCCCCUCAAGCUAUACGAGAACACGGUAACUUUAUUGCUUGCUGAGCAGACAUACGACGCAGAGAGUGAUGAAGAAGGUUACCACUCAUCAUCUACCGAGCCAACUUCUGAUAGUGAGGAUGAACCGGAAGGGGCCAACAGGAAGAAGGCGCUAUUGACACCAGAAGACGGGAGGCUGGCCAUUGAUAUCAACUUGGGACUAUCACCGUGGCAGAACGCCAACGAGUAUUUCGAUGCAAAGAAGAACGCAGCAGUCAAAGAGGAAAAGACUGCUCAGUCACUAGGCAAGGCACUGAAAAACACGGAGAAGAAGAUUGCUGCCGAUCUCAAGAAGGGUUUACAGCAAGAAAAAGAAGUAUUGCGGCCUGUUCGUGGCAAAUUCUGGUUUGAGAAGUUUACCUAUUUCAUCUCGUCAGACGGCUACCUAGUUGUUGGUGGUAAAGACGUUCAACAGAACGAACUCAUCUAUCAGCGACACUUGAAGAAAGGGGAUGUGUACGUAUAUGCAGACUUGCACGGAGCGUCUCCUUUCGUCAUCAAGAAUCUUGCGUCCACACCUGAUGCCCCUAUACCGCCGUCAACCCUUUCACAAGCUGGUCACUUGUGUGUAUGCACGUCUGCAGCUUGGGACUCAAAAGCUGUGAUGUCAGCGUGGUGGGUGAACUUUGAUCAGGUCACCAAGCUUGGUAGAACCGGCGAGUACCUACCUGUGGGGGCCUUCAAUAUCACUGGCAAGAAAAACUUUUUGCCUCCUACGCAGCUACUUCUUGGGUUUGGGGUAAUGUUCCAGAUCACAGAAGAGAGCAAAAUCAACCACAUUAAGCACCGUGUCAUUGGGAGCGAGGCUGGGAAAGACGCCGAAGAGGGUACAGAUCUCGACGCAGGUCAAGCCGAAAACGGCAUACGCAAUAUCAAACAUCCUGCUAGCGACAGUGACGGUGAACUUCCUGACGAUAGACUUGACUCUGGCUCAGAUGAUGAUGAGGACACAGAGACUCGAGGACCUGCGCGUAAUAACCCACUGGAAUCAUCUGUCAGGCCUGAGAAACCCUCCACUGACGACGAUUCCUCUGACGAGCAGACUGGCGCUGCAGACGAUGCAGGGAAAUUUACCAUGUCCGGAGCGUUGGGUGACCUGGUAACUACAGAAGAGUCAGGAAAUGAUAUUUCAAAAUACCGUACAGCACGUGAACGACGUAACAUUCGCAAGGGUGAGCAAGAGACAGCCGAGCAUCAACAUAUAGAAAGCGGCACAGAGAGUACGACAGAGUCGCAGGAUGAAGUCCAGUCAAAGCAACAGUCUACCACAGCUAUUAGUUCGAACACUGCCACCCAGCCCACCAAGCAACUUCCAAGAGGGAAACGCAGCAAAGCCAAACGCCUCGCCGCAAAGUAUGGUGAACAGGACGAAGAGGAUCGUGCCCUUGCACUGCGCCUACUGGGAGUUCAACCCGUGGAGCAGAGUGCGCAGACAACAAAGGUCGCCGAUCAAAAAGCUAAAGAAGAAGAAGCACAGGCUCAAAAACAGCGGCGAAGAGAGCAACAUCAACGCGCACAAGCAGCAGGUAAAGCAGCAGAAGAAGCUCGCCGUGCUGCUCUUGCUGAAGGUGGUGACAAAACCGGUGCUGCCACUGACCAGGAGCCUGCCAACUACGAACCAACUGCCGAAGAACUCGCUGCAAUGCAAACACCCUUAGACGCUUUCAUCGGUCGACCUCACCCUGCAGACUCCAUCGUACUUGCGGUGCCCGUAUGUGCACCUUGGACCGCACUAUCAAACUACAAAUACAAAGUGAAGCUCCAGCCCGGGACAGUCAAGAAGGGUAAAGCAGUUAAGGACAUCCUUUCAAAGUGGGAGAUUGCAGCAAAAGAACCUCGAAACGUCGACCGUGAAAGCAAAGAUACCGAACGUAUGUGGCCGGGAGAAAUUGAGGCCAUUCGAGCUUGGAAAGAAGCUGAAGUCUAUGGCGUUGUACCUGUUGCAAAGGUUCGAGUUGUACAAGGAGGUGGAGUGGGGGGAGGCAAGGGCAGUGGUGGUAAGGGUGGCAGUAAAGGUAAAGGAGUGAAGAGUAGUCGCGGCGGACGAGGCAGUAAGAAAAGGUGACGUUGGUCAAAAAUGGACACGGCUGCACAAUACAUGUUAUAUAUAGAAAGGGUGACACCAUGUUCAGAACUGACAUGCGUAUGGCCACUCGUAUGCUAGACUUCGAACGAGGCACUUUAGUAUGCGAGUUAAUGGCAGCCACUUCUGACUAUCAAAACUAUCGACUGACGGCUCGUCUUGUCUGAUCAGACCAUUGAACAUAGACCGUCAACUCCCUCGGCGCUCUCUCUCUAUAUAUAUAUAUUCAUAGUACUACUACUGACGGAGA